AUGUCUUAUUCUUUCCAACAACACCAAAUUCCCGGCAACAUGCUUGCCAACGGUUUCGGUGCCAGUCGGGGCAAGCCGGAUGCCGUGAAUAAAAUACCUAUACCGAAACUUCCUACGAUAUCGGCUUCGUUGUACGAUGAUCCGAAUGCCCUGUAUCCCCCAACCCCAACUGCACGCUCGUCAGGCCGAGCGCAACUGCUUGCUGGUCUUCGUACGGCCCCGAAAACGCCAAUUGGUUCCGAAUAUCCUAGUAUCGGGCAUUUUGAUGGAGAGUUCCAAGGCGAAUUACAAUCCGGAGCUGGAAAUUUGAAUUUUUUGAUGAACCGAAACGAACGAGCAUUUGGAAACGAUCCCCCAAGGCAUCAAUUAGCGCACUCAGGGCACUUGCAUGCCUCGAGGCCUUCUCUUCCUCAGGACCAUUUCAACAACAUCCAAUUCAGUAACUUCGGAGGUCUUCCGACCCCUCCGACUUCCUCUCAUUAUGUUUACCAGGGAGACCAAGAUUAUGAAGCUCAGGCGUAUGCGGACCUUUUAGCCCGGAACAUAUCGCUUGCACAGCAGCAACAGCAGCAUUUUAUCCAGCAGCUCAGGUUAGCACAACAGACUCAACAGUUACAGCAAAUCCAUCAACAAAUGCAGCCUCUUCCGAUACAGUCCGCGAUGUCACAAGUCCUUGGAACCCCCCCAAUAAGCCCAGCUAUAUACACUCCUACGGCCUCCAACCUAUCCCAAGGCCACUCAAUCUACAACCCCAAUGUUCAAACAAACGUCCAGGGCUUUACUUCGCAACAGAACCGACAUAAACAGGGUGGGUUCUCCGCUCUGGCUCAAUCAGAGCAAACAGCCUUGACAUCCAUGACCUCUCAACUUCGGAUCUCGCCUUCACCACCUCUGGGGAGACCCACAACCCGGACCCCCCCCUCGAGGUCAACCCCGUCUCCGACGAAAGAAUUCAACGCGCCGGAGAGGGUUAUGGCGAAGAAAACACCGAGCCCGCCACCCGCGUCCGCAUCAACGUUCCGUCGCGGCCACAAAAAGUGCAUAUCCCUUUCUGGCUGCAGUAAUAUGAACCCGACGUUGGACGGAGGACCCAAAACCUCCAUCCCAAGGCUAUCAGGGGUUCCAUCGACCCCUUUGAAUUCAACUUUUGGCGGCCGGGGUGAUCACCCGAUCCGACAACCCCGUGGUCCUCCUGCACUUGAAGAGGUUAUUGCGAAACCCACCGCAAAGUAUGAGGGCAGCAAGAACUUCUCUUCGCGUCAAAGGCGAAGGGCCCUCACGAAACUAGUAAAUGCGGGACUUGAACGUCGAGUAACCAAACAAGUUGGGCCAGCUUCCUCCAUGAUGCCUGUCUCCGAGCAUGACUCCUCUGAUCGACCCGGGGAAAGUGGCUCAAUGGACCACACGACGCGAAAGGAUACGCCCCUUGAUAUUGUUUCGAUCUCUCGUCCAGAGGGUAGACGUACCCCAAGAAGAAUGGGCCUAGCUGCUCCCCAUUUCGCUGCCCACAGCGCGGAGAAGAGACGGAGCGCUAUUUUUUAA